CUGCACUAUUUUAACCUCACCAGUGACACUCCGUUCCUCUUCACUCUCUUUCUUCCAUAUACCAUCUUCGUGACUCUCUCUCUCUCUCUCUCUCAGCUUUGUAAACUAUGGCUUCAUCUAGGAAGAAGGUUUUGAUCCCUAUUGCUCAUGGUACUGAGCCCCUAGAAGCAUUGGCGAUGAUCACCGUAUUGCGACGAAGUGGCGCUUACGUGACGGUGGCUUCCGUUGAGAAUCAGGUUGGCGUUGAUGCUUGUCAUGGAAUCAAGAUGGUCGCCGACACUCUCCUCUCUGACAUUACAGACUCUACUUUCGAUCUUAUCAUGCUCCCCGGAGGGCUUCCCGGCGGCGAGACUCUUAAAAAUUGCAAACCAUUAGAGAACAUGGUAAAGAAACAAGAGACAGAUGGACGACUUAACGCAGCUAUCUGUUGUGCUCCUGCUUUGGCUCUUGGUACUUGGGGUUUACUAGAAGGCAAAAAAGCAACGUGUUACCCUGUUUUUAUGGAGAAACUUGCAGCUACUUGUGCAACUGCUAGUGAGUCAAGAGUGGAGAUAGAUGGGAAGAUAGUUACCAGCCGAGGACCAGGAACCACCAUUGAAUUCUCCCUCACUCUUAUUGAGAAGCUGUGUGGAAAACAGACAGCUAUUGAUGUCUCUAGUAUCUUGCUGCCUCGUCCUAACCCUGGUGAGGAGUUUACCUUUACUGAGCUUAACCAAAUAAACUGGACAUUCGAAGAUACCCCACAGAUUCUUGUUCCCAUUGCCGAGGGAUCAGAUGAAAUUGAAGCUAUUGCGGUUGUAGAUACCCUGAGGAGGGCAAAAGCAAAUGUAGUGAUUGCUUCGGUUGGUAACAGUUUGGAAGUUGUAGGAUCUCACAAAGCUAACCUAGUCGCAGAUGUGCUUCUUGAUGAGAUUUUAGAGAAGUCAUUCGAUAUGAUUAUGCUGCCUGGUGGUCUUAACGGUGCGUCAAGAUUGUCACGCUGCGAGAAACUGGUGAACAUGUUAAAGAAACAAGCGGAAGCAAACAAACCAUAUGGAGGAAUCUGCGCGUCGCCUGCUUACGUCUUUGAGCCUCAUGGUUUACUCAAGGGUAAGAAGGCAACUACACACCCAGUGGUGAGCAACAGACUUUCGGACCAGAGUCACGUUGAUCACAGAGUCGUUGCGGACGGAAAUCUCAUAACGAGCAGAGCUCCAGGGACUGCAAUGGAGUGUGCACUUGCGAUCGUUGAGAAGUUUUACGGGCGUGAGAAAGCGCUUCAGCUCGCCAAGGCAACGCUUGUUUAACUUCGAAGAGUUAAGUGUGACGUGAAAUAAGGGGUUUAGUCAUCUCUCCAUUGAUGUUGAGUGACUUUGUAAUAAGAGCUCUGUCUGAGUGGAGUAAGUGGGUAGUUUAUGGCUUUACUGAACAUGUAAUUCAUGUUUUAAAGCAUACUAGAUUAUGACCUUGAAA